AUGACGCUGAUCGCGGAGGGGGGUAAGGCGCUUCGGGAGCUGGCUUUAAAGACGAUGGCAGAGGUGGAUGGGAGUAAGGAGGCGAAAGAUGACAUCGACUCGCGGUUCAAGUGGCUGGGGCUGUUUCAUCGCCGCAAGCAGCAAUAUGGUCGCUUCAUGAUGCGACUGCGGCUGCCCAACGGCAUCACGACGAGCGAGCAGACGCGGUUCCUUGCUGACGUCAUCAGCCGUUACGGCGAGGAGGGCGUGGCGGACAUCACGACGCGGCAGAACUGGCAGAUCCGCGGAGUGACUCUCCAGGACACGCCGGACAUCAUUGAGGGGUUGAACAAGGUCAACCUCCGGUUCAUUCAGAGCGGAAUGGACAAUGCGCGCAACGUGGUGGGCAACCCACUGGCGGGGAUCGACCCCCUCGAGAUCAUCGACACGCGGCCCUUCUGCCAGGCCAUCGAUGACGUCAUCACCGGGCAUGGGGCGGGCAACACCGCCCUGUCGAAUCUUCCGCGCAAGUGGAACGCCAGUGUGGUUGGUUCACACGACCUCUUCGAACACCCCCACAUCAACGAUCUCGCCUUCAUGCCGGCCCUCCGCCGAACCUCGGAUGGAGGUUCGGAAGGGGAGCUGGGGUUCGAGAUGCACGUGGGGGGGUUCUUCAGCAGUAAGCGGUGCGAGGAGGCGAUUCCGAUGGACGCGUGGGUGCCAGCUCAGCCUGCUGACGUGGCGGCUGCCAGCAAGGCAGUCCUGGAGGCUUUCCGGGACCUUGGGAGCCGCAGCAACCGGCAGAAGACGAGGAUGAUGUACCUUAUAGAGGAUCUGGGCAUGGAGGUGUUCCGAGCAGAGGUUGAGAAGCGCAUGCCCAAUGGCCACCUGCCACGUGUCAGCUCCACCCCUCAUCUCGCCACCACCACCAACGGAAACGGCAGCAGUGCCCCCAGCAGCAAUGGUACCACCAGCAGCAGCACCACCACUGCCAACUCCACAGUCCAGUCCCUGAUUGAUCCAUCCUGGUCCCGACGCUCCUACCUAGGGGUGCAUCCCCAGAAGCAGCCUGGUCUGGUCUAUGUGGGUCUGCACGUGCCUGUGGGUCGGGUUCACCCGCCGACCCUGUACGAGCUCGCCCGAUUGGCCGAGGAGUACGGCUCGGGGGAGGUUCGGCUGACUGUGGAGCAGAACGUGAUUAUACCGAAUGUGCCUGAGGGGAGGGUGGCGGAACUGCUGAAAGAGCCGCUAUUGGUCGGUGGGAGUGGGGAGGUGGGAGCAGAGGAGGAGGAGGAAGUGGGGAAGGGGGAGGGGUGGGAUGGGCUGAGUGCUCAGCCGGGGAAUCUGAUGGGGUCACUGGUGGCGUGCACUGGUAACCAGUUCUGCGGGCAGGCCAUAAUUGAAACCAAGCAGAGGGUUCUGCAGGUCACGCGACAGCUGGAAGAGACCUUAAAUCUGCCCGAGCCAGUGAGGAUCCACUGGACUGGCUGCCCGAACUCUUGUGGGCAGGUGCAAGUGGCAGACAUCGGCCUGAUGGGGUGUAUGGCAAGAGACGAAAACAAGAAACCCGUGGAAGGAGUCGACAUCUAUCUGGGUGGCAGAAUCGGAUCUGAUUCUCACCUGGGGCAGGUGCACAAGGCAGGUGUACCCUGCAAGGACCUGUUGCCUGUUCUUCAGGAUAUACUAGUGGAGAGAUUUGGAGCAACAAGGAAGUGA